AUGGGUCCUCUAGACGGAAUGCUCAUGGGUAUAAAAGACAAUUUUUGUACUUCUACACUCCCAACUACAUGUGGAUCUGUUAUGCUCAAAGGAUUCACCUCCCCUUAUGAUGCUACGGUUGUAAAGCUUCUUGAGGCUUCUGGUGCUAUUUUAAUAGGAAAAACUAACAUGGAUGAGUUUGGCAUGGGAUCGGCAAAUGUCUACAGUGAUUCUGGUGUUGUUCAACAUCCUUUUACUUGUGAAAAAGAUGUCAAAGAAGAAGAUCGUAGAGUGGCAGGAGGAAGCUCAGGAGGUAGUGCCGCUGCCGUUGGCAUGAAGAUGUGUACAGCUGCUCUUGGAUCUGACACGGGUGGAUCUGUACGACUACCAGCCUCUUAUUGUGGCGUGGUAGGAUUUAAACCAUCCUAUGGGCGAUGCUCUCGUAAUGGUCUGGUCGCUUAUGCUAACUCCCUUGAUACUGUUGGAAUAUUGUCAGGCACUGUAAAACAGGCUUCAGUGGUGUAUGAUGCUAUCUCUAAACACGAUCCCAAGGAUCCAUCUUCUAUGCCAGAUAAACUUCGAUCAAAGCUUGACGAAAGCGAUAGUAUUCUGCGUUCUCAAUGGACAAAGGGCAAUCUAAAGGGUCUAGUUGUGGGUAUUCCUCAGGAAUAUUAUGUGGAUCCAAUGUCGGAUGAUGUUGUGGAUGUCUGGCGCAGUGGUAUCCAGUUUCUAAAGGAGCAAGGAGCCACGAUCCAAUCUAUAUCGCUACCACACACUCAUCUUGCUCUUCCAGCCUAUUACAUUAUUGCUUUGGCAGAAGCAAGCUCGAAUUUAGCAAGAUACGACGGUGUUAGAUUUGGUAAACUGAAGGGGCAAGGAGAGGGAUGGUGUGACAUGAUGCUGUAUGCAGACACAAGAGCAGAGGGGUUUGGAGCAGAAGUUCAAAGACGUAUAUUGCUCGGUACUCAUGUCCUGACAGCAGGAACAUUUGAUACUUUAUUUUUGCCAGCUCAAAAGGCAAGAAGACUAAUCCAAGCAGAUUUUGAUCAAGUUUUCUAUCAGCACAAUGCGCUUUACGAAUCUUCUGUUGAGCAAGAAGGUCAAGAAAGUACCAAGGUGCAUGUUAUUCUUACACCUAGUGCUAUCUCCUCUGCCCCAAGAAUGACGGACGUCCUCGAAAGACAUGAAUCUUCUAAUGAUGUCAAGGCUGUGGAUGCUUACAUGAACGAUGUCAUGACUGUGCCUGCAAGCCUUGCAGGCUUACCUGCUAUCACUGUUCCGUUUGGAAAAUCUGCUGUUGAUGGAUACCCUAUAGGGCUGCAGCUGAUGGCGCAAUAUGGACAUGACGGUUUCUUGCUUUCCAUUGCCAAUAGUCUAGCUAAAAAACAAAAGUGA